AUGAACCUGCGUGGCGGAGGAAACCUGUCGGACCUUAUCUCGAGAACCGUCUCCUCUCUGGAGUCAAACACCUGGUCUCCACGUGGAUUCCAGGAAAGCGUAAAGAACGUGACGAACUCUGGAUGUCUUGGUGGGAAAGACGCCAUCCUUGAUGUGCAAAUGAAGAACUGGACUAACUUCGAGGGGCUUUACGGGGAAGAUGGCGUCCGUAUCUUCGCCUCUUCUCGGUGUCACGGCAUGGCGGAGAAGAACUGGGCGGCGUUGCUGAUUUUAGUCGUCAUCGCCCUCACGGUGAUGGGGAACAUUCUGGUGAUUCUGGCUGUUUCGCUGGAGAAAAAGCUGCAAAACGCCACCAACUACUUCCUGAUGUCUCUGGCCGUCGCUGACAUGCUGUUGGGAAUACUGGUCAUGCCGGUCUCCAUGGUGACCAUCCUGUACGACUACGGCUGGCCGUUGCCCUCUGACCUCUGCCCCGUGUGGAUCUACCUGGACGUCCUGUUCUCCACGGCCUCCAUCAUGCACCUGUGCGCCAUCUCUCUGGACAGGUACAUCGGGAUCAGGAACCCCAUCCACCACAGCAGGUUCAACUCUCACACCAAGGCUAAGAUCAAGAUCCUCGCUGUGUGGACCAUCUCUGUUGGAAUCUCAAUGCCGAUCCCCGUUCUUGGCCUCCGAGAUCACUCCAAGGUCUUCAAAGAUGGCAGCUGCUUUCUGACGGACAACAACUUCGUGCUGGUCGGUUCCUUCGUGGCCUUCUUCGUGCCGCUCACCAUCAUGGUGGUCACCUACUUCCUGACCAUCAGGGCUCUUCAGAACGAGGCCACGCUUUGCCUGGAUCAGCUGGUGCCUCGUCCCAAAUGGAGCACAACGUUGACUCUGAGUUUCCUCCCACAGAACUCAAUGUCCUCAGAGAAACUCUUCCGGCGUUCGUUGAGUCGAGAAGCCGGCGGCAGAGGAAGUAUUUCAGGUUCUGUGUUUGGACGCCGAACCAUGCAGUCAAUCAGCAAUGAGCAAAAGGCGUCUAAAGUUCUUGGAGUGGUGUUUUUCCUCUUCGUGGUCAUGUGGUGCCCGUUCUUCAUCACCAACGUUCUGGUGGUGGUUUGCGAUCCUGAGGUUUGCGACCCAGCGUUGAUGGGAAAUCUGCUGAACGUUUUUGUUUGGGUUGGAUAUCUGUCGUCCGCUGUCAACCCGCUGGUCUACACGUUGUUCAACAAAACGUACCGGGCGGCGUUUCAGAGAUACGUUCGCUGCCGGUAUCGGGCAAAGAAGAACAAACCACUGCAGCUGAUUCUCGUGAACACAAUCCCACCGAUGGCUUUCAGUUCAAGUCAGCUGGGAGACAAGUUUAGGAACGGAUUGGCGAACUGUAGCGGUGAAAUUAAGGAUUUUUCUUUGUCUAAAUCGGACAAAAGUCACGGAGGCAAAGACGAAAGCUGCGUGUGA